AUGUAUAUCGUACUCUUGCUUAGCAGCUUGCUCGCCACGGUUCUGGGAGCUCCUCUGGUCGCUCGACAGAGCGACACAGAGUGGAAACCUGCCGCAGGCACAACUACCACUUGCGAUGUCAACGCCGACAAGUACAUCUCGCUGACCAUUGGUCCGGAGCAAGGCAAUGUUAUUUUCGAGCACGCCUGUGCUGGCAUUAUGCCGGGCUGCGCUUUCCCCGAGAGCUUAGCUGAGGGAACAGUCUGCACUCAGACCGUCACCUAUAAGCUCGACGGACCCAAGAACACGACGCUGAACGCACUGGUUGAGAAGAGAGAAAACCACAACAAGCUGAGCGACUGGGCGGUCAAUUUCGCCGUGGCUCCGGCGAAGCAGCCCGAGGACUCUGCUGGCGUCCACUUGACCAAGGCCGAUUGCAUCGGUUACUUCCAAGAGCUCUUGUUGAAGUCCGCCCCAGAGGGCUGCACUCUUCAAGGCCUUGGUCCCAGCGCUGGCACUCUUACAGUGGGCGGCAUGACAUCGCUGAAAGAUGCGGUGUUUGGGGUCUCCUUCGUCAAGCGCACGUAG